AUGAGUGGUGACUAUCCAAUAACUUCCCAACCUGGCUCCCCAGAUCUGCUAUUGGACAUCCGUGAGACUAAGAUUGACAUUUAUCCGGCUCCAAGCAUUGUUGAGGUCGAGCAGACCAGCUUCUACAGCCGCGUUAAGAAGUUCGUCGCCAACACUAUGGCCAGCAUGAUCUGCGCCAUUGCUGACCGCCCAUAUUUAAACUUCACCGGCCGUCCACUCAACGUCCAGACCGUCUACAUCACCAACGACGAUCUCCCACCAGUUUGA